CAACUCGAGUGUCAUUGGACUCGAGGCCAUAAUCGUCUCGCCGCGCCUGGCGGUGUUCUUCGACAAGGCGACGAAUGAUCCGUCCACCACUCCUGAUGGCAAAGUUGCCUGGGGCGAGCUCUGGGAUCUGGAGUCCAAUUCUGGGGUGCCGCUCAAGCUUGUUUCCGACACAUUCUGUGCGUCUGGUGCAUUGCUCAGUAACGGGACGAUGGUUUCCGUCGGCGGAACGAUUCCUGUAGCCGCUGAUUUGAACGCAACUGGAGCGGUAGACGGCCGGAUGGGUCUGCGGAUGUUUGGACCGUGCUUGGAUCCUCCUUCCGGACCGGGUUGCACUGUAUUCGAAGAUUUGGAGCACAUUCAUAUGGCAGAAACGCGUUGGUAUCCGUCCUCGAUCAGAAUCUUCGACGGCUCUCUGCUGAUUGCGGGAGGCAUUCAUGAGCAGACUCCAUUCUAUAACAGAGAUCCGGUCAACAACUACGAGUUUUUCCCAGCGAAGGACGGCGGCGUGCCUCGACCGUCUGCUUUCCUCGAGCGCAGUCUUCCUGUCAACCUGUUCCCUCGGUAGGCCCGUCUGCCUCCGGUGGUUUGGCGCUGAUGUCCCCGUUAGGUUAUUUGCUUUGCCAGACGGGAAAGUAUUUAUGGUUGCCAACAACCAGUCCAUCAUCUACGACAUUGAGGCCAACACGGAAACGAUCCUGCCCGACCUCCCCAACGGCGUUCGGGUCACGAAUCCGAUGGACGGAACUGCCCAGCUGUUGCCCUUGUCUCCGCCGCUGUACACGCCAGAGGUCCUCGUCUGUGGUGGAUCAAACAAGAGUGAUUCAACACCGACGACUGAACUUUCGUCGCUGGAUCCCGCUACGUCGCAAUGCAGCCGUAUCACGCUGACUCCAGCUGGUAUCGCCAAGGGAUGGGAAAUCGAGCAUAUGCCUCAAGGCCGUACCAUGCCAGAGAUGAUCCCGAUGCCCAACGGCGAGAUUAUCAUCAUCAACGGUGGCGAGACCGGGUAUGCUGGAUUCAGCUCACUGGGACACACAACAGGCAAUUCGAAUGCCGACUCCCCGGUAUUCACUCCCAUUUUGUAUACCCCCGAUGCAGCUGUUGGCCAGCGGAUGAGCCAGAAAGGGCUUCCAGCUACAGACAUUCCUCGGUUGUAUCACUCUACUGUGACGCUGACCCCGCAAGGCAACCUUCUCAUUGCGGGCUCCAAUCCGAAUGUCAAUGUCACUUUCGUUCCUCCUGGCCAGCCAGGCUACUCGUCUGAGUUCCGGAUUGAAACGCUUGACCCUCCGUACAUGAUGAUGGAUCGACCGAUCCUCUCGAGUGUUCCAAGCAAAAUCCAAUACAACCACCACUUCAAAAUACAUCUCAGCAUCCCCGCUGGCGUCUCCACUUCGUCUAUCAAAGUGGCCCUGAUGGAUCUCGGUUUCUCAUCCCAUGCUUACCAUUCGAGCGCCCGCCUUGUUUUCAUGGAUGCCACUUUGUCUGACAAUAAACGCACUUUGACUGUACUCAGCCCUCCGAACAACCGAGUUUAUCCUCCUGGGCCAGCUUACAUCUUCGUCACCAUUGGGGAGACCACCAGUGUCGGAGCUUACGUUAUGGUCGGAUCUGGCGCGAAUCCUCCGGUUCCAGACCAGGGGGUUCCGUUGAUGCUGUAGUUGGAUGGUGUUUGUCUUGGGCUUCUCGCCACACGCAAUGAAGUCGCGCUAGAGUCAAUGACUACGCAUACGCAUCGACUGUGUUUGAAAUCCCUGUGCAAACCGUGAAUGAUAGCGUGAACUUGGAAAGUGGACCGAAAAAAUCAGGGCCGCUGAUGCAAUCCGGGAUUGUUCAGAGGAGACAUGCCGCAUAUAAGCGCUUUGUAACUCAUCUAAU